CCGAAACAGCAGCGCCGCCUAAACUUCAAAAUUAUAUGUUCAGCACCGCUAUUUUAGUAAAUCUCACGGGGCGGUUACAAAGGAAAAACAGGCAGAACUUUCGCCCCAGGCUUCUUGUCAAUCCGAGUGAAACUGUUUUUCCCGCUCAGGCAUUAACACAAACACCCGGUGUUCACUAGGCAGUCCUGGGUGCUGGGCGUUUGAGAGAGAAUGAAGUACGUGUUGGUGACGGGAGGAGUCGUCAGUGGACUCGGCAAAGGAGUGACGGCGAGCAGUGUAGGCGUCGUUCUCAAAGCUUGUGGCCUUCGCGUUACUUCCAUUAAAAUAGAUCCUUACUUGAACAGGGAUGCUGGUACAAUGUCCCCGUUUGAACAUGGGGAGGUUUUUGUUCUUGAUGAUGGUGGAGAGGUUGAUUUAGACUUGGGUAACUAUGAGAGGUUCCUGGAUGUGACUCUUACAAAAGAUAACAACAUUACGACAGGAAAAAUAUAUCAGUCUGUCCUUGAGAAAGAACGAAGAGGAGAUUAUCUUGGAAAGACUGUCCAGGUGGUUCCACAUGUCACAGAUGCCAUUAAGAAUUGGAUUGAAUCAGUCUCUGUCAUUCCUGUGGAUGGAAAAGAGGGCCCAGCAGAUGUGUGUGUGAUAGAGUUGGGAGGGACUGUUGGUGACAUUGAAUCAAUGCCAUUCAUCGAGGCUUUGCGACAAUUAUUAUUUUCAGUCGGACAAGAUAACUUUUGCCUCAUUCAUGUGAGCCUUAUACCUGUACUGGGUGUUGUGGGAGAGCAAAAAACAAAGCCUACACAACAUAGCGUGCGGGAAUUGAGAGCAUUAGGCCUGACUCCUCAUCUGUUGGCAUGUCGUUCUGCUCAGCCUUUAUUGGAAACUACAAAGGAGAAACUUUCACAGUUUUGCCAUGUUCCAGUUGGUAACAUUCUCAAUAUCCAUGAUGUUCCAAACAUUUGGCACGUUCCUCUUUUGCUUCGGAACCAAAAUGCUCAUAAUUCCAUUCUAAAACAGCUAAAUCUUAGCAAGGCUACACCUCCUGAUUUACAAGAAUGGACGAAGAGGGCAGAGAUUUUUGAUAGUCUCACAAAUUCUGUGAGAAUUGCAAUGGUUGGGAAGUAUGUUGGUCUGACAGAUUCAUAUCUGUCUGUUGUGAAGGCCCUUCUGCAUGCUUGCAUUGCAUGUUCUUUGAAGCCAUCAGUGGACUGGAUUGCAGCUUCUGAUCUUGAAGAUGAUAGUGCAGUAUUGACACCAGAAGCUCAUGCUACUGCAUGGAAGACUCUAAGGAAUGCAGCAUGUGUCCUGGUUCCAGGAGGCUUUGGUGAUCGUGGUGUGAAAGGAAUGAUAUUGGCUGCAAAGUAUGCCAGAGAGAAUAAUGUUCCUUAUCUUGGGAUUUGCUUGGGCAUGCAGAUUUCUGUGAUUGAGUUUGCUAGAUCUGUUUUGGGCAUGGAAAGGGCCAAUAGUGAAGAGUUUGACACCCAGACACCUGAUCGUGUUGUAAUGUUCAUGCCAGAGGGUUCAACAACGCAUAUGGGAAGCACCAUGAGACUAGGAUCUCGAAGAACACUGUUCCAGACUCCUGAUUGUAUUACUGCAAAACUGUACCAUAAUUCAGAGUACGUGGAUGAGCGGCAUCGACAUAGAUAUGAGGUGAACCCACAUAUGGUUGGUGUUCUAGAAGAAGGUGGCCUGAAGUUUGUAGGGAAAGAUGAAAGUGGACAAAGAAUGGAGAUUUUAGAGCUUCCCAGUCAUCCAUUCUAUGUGGGCGUGCAAUUUCAUCCAGAAUUUAAGUCACGGCCUGGGAGGCCAUCAGCUCUCUUUCUAGGUUUUAUAUUGGCUGCAAUUGGGCAGUUGGAAGCAUAUCUUAGCCAGCAUCAGAAUGGCAGUUAAUACAAAAUUUGCUGUCUUAAUACUCCCAAAGAAGCAAUUCUUAAGCGCUGGACUAGUGUUUGAUGGAAAAAAUUUAAGCAACUACCAAAGACAGGAGAAAUUUGUCAUAUUGCCAGGGCUUGUGGCCCAGUUGAAUCAGCACUAUGCUCACCAUAUCUAUGGAUUAACAGUAUCAUCUUUUCCUGAACUCUAUCCCUAACCUUUGGGCAUACAAAAAUGCUUGAUACUUCAUAGUGAGAAUUGCAAAUCGGGGCUUACAAAAGGGAUCCUUAACCAGUCCCCAUGUAGAGCCAAACUGCAAAAUUCUGUAGGCUCCUUGUUGCACUUCUAAACUGUUGCGACUGUUUGCUCAAAGCUGACUCUGGUUAUAUUUUAUGUCUUUGUUUACUGAAAACAUUUAUUUAUUUUGUUCUUGGUCUCUUCA